CAAUCUGCGCGCCGCGCCUGAGGUGGGCCGCAGCUCCUCCAGUGCGGGCCGCGAGGCGACGGUUGCUGGGGCGCGCGCCGCCCGUUCCUCUUUCCCGUUGCGAGCGGCUGGCGCGCUGGGAGGCGGCCCCCAGUCCAGCCGGGCGCCUCCCACUCUCCGAGCCGCCGGGGAGCCGGAGGAUGGCGGCGGUGGCGGCGGCCGCCCGGGAGGAGGCGGUGCGGAGGCCGCGGAGCGCGGCAGCGAACGGUAGCGGCCCGUCGCGGCGGCCCGGCAGCGACCGCGUCCGCACGGCCACCUGAGCGCCAGCCGCGAGCUGCGUCCAGCCCGCCUCGCUCGCUUGCUCGCUCGCUCGCGGCCCGGGGCGGCGCGGACAUGGGCGCCAAGCAGAGCGGCCCCGCCGCCAACGGCCGCACCCGCGCCUACUCGGGCUCGGACCUGCCCUCCGGCAGCGGCGGCGGCGGCGGGGCGGACGGCGCUCGGGCGGCCCGGUUCGCGGCCCCGGUGCCCGGCGCGCAGCAGCCCAGCGCUUCGGCCGGUGCGGCGGCGGCGGCGGCGGCGGCGGCUGCGGCGGCAGCCUCGGUCCCGACAGCGCCCCGCAGCCGCUCGCUCGGAGGGGCGGUGGGCAGCGCGGCGGGCGGCCGAGCGGCGCAGUCGGCCUUCAGCAUCCCUGGCGGCGGCGGCGGCGGCGGCGGCGGUGGCAGUAGUGGCCCGUACGGCUCGCAGGACUCGGUGCACAGCAGCCCGGAGGACGGCGGCGGAGCUAGGGAUCGGGACCGGCCAGCGGGCGGGGGCCCUGGCGGGCCGCGCCUGGUGAUCGGUUCGCUCCCGGCCCACCUUUCCCCGCACUUGUUUGGAGGAUUUAAGUGCCCGGUAUGCUCAAAAUUUGUACCUUCAGAUGAAAUGGAUUUGCAUCUUGUGAUGUGUUUAACAAAGCCAAGAAUAACCUAUAAUGAGGAUGUGCUGAGUAAAGAUGCUGGGGAAUGUGCAAUAUGCCUUGAAGAAUUGCAGCAGGGAGACACCAUAGCACGACUGCCUUGCCUGUGUAUAUACCAUAAAGGCUGCAUAGAUGAAUGGUUUGAAGUAAAUAGAUCUUGUCCAGAGCACCCUUCAGAUUAAGCAUCAGAUUCCUGUGUUAUGGGUUUUCUUGUCUUUUCAAGAUGCUUGAGAAAUCUAGAAGAUUUGAAGAUCUGUCUCUGGGGAAAAACAAAAUGAAAACUGCAGCUUACUCAGCCAGGAACUGAGUUCUGUGACACUCAGCAAUCCAGAGAUGGACAGGAACCACGGAACUCAGUGUACCAAACUUGCAUAUAAGGGACACACAGGGAAUUUGAAAAUGCUGCACAUCCUGUACUAGUCACUGCGUAGAUGAUACUGAUAAACAUUUUGUAUUCAGACGCCAAAGUUAACUAAUUUCAAAGUUGAUUUACUUUUUAUUAAGUUCUGUAGAGCUGCUGUUUUAUUGUAUUUGUUUUAUUUGUUUGUUUGUUUUUAGUUUGGGGACUUUUUAUUUUCCCCAACAUAAUGCUUCUGCAUUCACCUAUUCUUAACUUGAAAACCACCCAAUUUAAGUUCUUACAAACUCUUCAAUGUGAAACCAAGAAAUGUAAUCAAAACAGAAUAAUAUUCUGUGAAUGGAGAGUAUAAUCUCAAGUUCUUCCAUUUUUUCCCCCAUGUGUGAAAAAUAGAUUUCUGGGUAGGAGAGCUAAAAUAUAUUAGUUUGAAUUAAAGGUUUAAUAUUAUAAAAAUGCCAUCCAAAGAGUAAAUCAAGUUACAUAAUUACUUUUUAGUUAAUUAAAUGUAGAAGUGUCUACUGAAUUGCAGUUUCUGAACUACAUUGUUUUAUUUGAAGGAAAACUGCGCAAUAGCUUGUUAGCAGUGACCAUCUUGCAGCUCUGCAACUUUGAAAAGUCCAGAUUUGCAGGUCUUCUUCGUGCUGGGGCCGCAGUGAUGUCCUGACAGGGAUCUUUUCUUCCUCUUGUGUAACUAUGUCAUUGUGCUUUGCAUUUCCAGGCAGGUUUCCCAUGUUUGGUAAAAUGUUUAGCGAGAUGUAAACUUAAUACCUUAUGAAAAGGGUGAAAUAAACAUGUCUGCUGUGGGACUUGUAGUAAUUUGAGGGACAUUUUAUACACUUUUAAAAAUCAGAAUUGAAUUGGGAUGCCAGAUUUCUAGCAACUAGCAUCUUUAGUUUUCCAGAUGAUCUGGAAGUUAGCAUUUGAUAAAUGAUUUUUAAGCAAAUAUAAAGAUUUUGUUAAUUUAUAAUUUAUUAAUGUGUUGUUACUGUAAUUGAAAAUGUUGUGGAUACUUUUAAAUUCAGUCUUUGUAGAAAGAACUGUAUUAAGAAAAAUUAUGUGAAUAAAUAUUCCCCCCAAAUACAUCUGAUGGUUAAGGAUACUGAAAGAGUUUAGCUGUCAGGACCGCAACAGUGAAUGUCUUUUAAAAAUACUAUCAGAAUCUCACUCAGUAGGUUGCACGUUUGGUUUCCUCAGGAGAAUGUUGUUUCCCUGGGCUAGUCCAGGGUGUUGAAGUGUGUGCUUCUCCGACGCUGCUCUUCCUCUCUCCUGGGGCCAGCCCGUUGCUUCUGUUUCCUCUUUUUCAAAAGGGCAAAGGGCAGGAGGGAGGGGGUCGUCCAGAUCAUGGAAUGAACUUGCAUUGUUUUCCUGUGGUCGCAGGCUAGAUACUACUCCCCUGCACUUACACUGUGGCCUGCCGUUGGGGACAGUGGUCAGACACCCGACCUCAGUGAGUGGGACGGCUGCCCGCACAGCUCUGUAGCUCUGUCCAGGUGUCAGAAGUUACUCUUCCCUCAAGGGAAAUUUUCUCUCCUUGAUUUUUUUUUUUUGUUGUUGUUGUUGUUAAUAUGAAAUCUCAAUCUAUUUUACUUUAUCUUUCAGUUUGUACACUUUCUCUCUCCUCUGAUUUUCCCCAAGGAAAAGUUCUUAGAAUGUGAAUACUCACUUUGUGUUCUACUACUGCUGUAUUGUCGUGGUAAGAAUUACUUCCGCUGGCUUCUCUUCUUGGAGAGCAGCUAUGUAAUGAAUGUUUAUAUUCCCCUGGAAGGUGACCUGCUUUGUGCCAAGCUCAACUUCUUGGACGUCUCCUCGGCCUCACUUCGCCCUCCUUCACACUGUCCUCCCGCGCUCUUGGUGGCUUCUCUGCCGCCACGGCUGCUGCCUCCAGGCUCCUGGGGUGUUAGAUAGAAGCCAGGGCUGCUGUGUCCAGGACACCGGCAGGCUGCGCCUGUCUGCACAGUAUUUACUGAACAACCUUUUUUCCCCCUGGAAUUUAUAAAGUUGGCAUUUUUACUUUAAAUUCUGUCUCUAAUGAUUCCCUAUAAAGAAUAAUUUAGAAAUAGAAGAAAGGAGAGGAGCUCAGAUGUUCCAGUUUCUGUUCAAAGUUACUAGUCUGGGGAUAUUCUAUAAUGGAUACUUUAUAUAACAUUGUUUAUAAUAUUUAUCGGUCUGUAUGCAGACACUGAGGAACAUCACUCAUAAAAUUAUAUUAGCUAUUUGAACAUUGAGUUGAAACUACUGACAGUGACUAUAGAGAUGGAAUAACAUUCGGGAUCCUCACUUAUCCAGCUAGUCAUCACCCUCUGGAGUCUUUGUAAAUGCUCUUCAAAUAAGGUCACGUAUAUAUGGAGAAGGAGGUACAUGCUUGAAUUUCUCUAGUGCUGCUCUGUCCAUAGUGAAUUUUCUGCCAAUGUUUAUUCUACUUUAAUCUGGCUGUUUAUUUUCUCUUUGCCAGGAUAUUUAAAAGAAGCACUAUUCUCUUUAGAAAGCCAAUUCUCUUUCUUUGGCUCCUCUCUAGAGAAAUAGACAUAAUGAUUUUCAAACCUAGUUACAAAUCCGACUGUAGGAUUGUUUGAAGUAGAAUGUCUGUGACUAAAAUAAGCAGUGGUCUCUAAGUGACUGUGUGUGUGACAACAGAGACCACAGUGGUAAACUCACGUCGACUGUGGAGUGCAUAGGCCUGGGCUUUCCAGUGCAAGGCCUCUGCCUUCUUAAAUGUUACAGGAUUACUUUGCUUUUCACCCGUGUAGACACUAGGAUGGAGCCCAGAAUAACCAAGGAUGAUCCUCUGCAUAGCUGCAGUACAUACAGCAAAGCUGUUUCCACCUGAAUGAGUUGUCAGAAAUGGCAAGCCUUUCCAGAUCUUAUUUCAGACUGUGGUUCUAAGUCUGGGUAUGGUGAGGUUUCAGAGCACUCAUUGCCCACUGGACAUGGUGGCUCACACCCACACUGAGGAGACUGAGGUAGAAGGAUUACCACAAGGUCCAGGCUGGCCUGGGUUGUUCUAGACUAGCCUGUCUCAAAAAAACAAAAGCAAUCUUUUAAUAUGUUACAGCAAGACAUUCUCAGAAGGAUCAUGAAUUCAGUGUAAAUACUACCUACUUUUCUGUACUGUCUUGAUUGAGGUGAGGGGAUUUCCCCAACAGUAAGCUAAUGGUGAGCAAAGAAUGAAACUCAAAAUUCGAGAAUAGUUGUGUUUAUAAUAUGACUGAUAGCCGCACUGUAUAUUAACCAUAUGACCCAGAUAGCCUUAUGCCUCACAGAGGAGGUUUCCAUCUAAACCAACUCAGAUCGUCCGGAGCAUACAAAGUGACUUAGAGGCAAAUGCUGCUGCUGACGUCAAUGUCCUUUGCUGGUAGUGGGUGCUCUGGUGCAUUCGGCCAUUUUUCUGUGGGUUUGGUUUACCCUGGUGUAAACUAGGUAUUCAAUGACGGUGAGAGAAGAAACAUGAAAUGUCCCUUGUUACUCACUGUACAGAUAGUUUAACUUGACUUUAAAAGACUAGCAUGUCUGUGCUUUUGGAGCCCAUUCUCCUAUUUUUCCUAAAAUCUGUAACUUAGUAUUUUCUUAACUGUUGUGUGACUGUGUUUCACUAUCUGCUCCUUCUCCUUUCUCACAUCUACUGAGUCCUACUUGCUGCUGCUUGGUGUACUCCUGGUGGUGAUUCACAUUCUGAAAUCAUUAAGAAAACAGUUUGGGUGAGACUGUACCCAAUAUUUUAUACCAUAUUCUCUAAAUGUGCUUAAGCUAGGAAAUGCAAUUUUUUUUUUUUUAAAAUUUGAGUUCUGUCUUAAAUAGGAAAUACCUGAUCUCCUAAGUUUGUUGACUUUCUAUAAGAAGUAAAAGGCCUUGAACACCAGAAAUGUUAAUAUUUAGUUUAAUAUGCACAGUCAUUAUCCUCACAAGUAUGUCAUUUGAUGUUUAAACUCUUCUUCAUUUUUUUAACCAGUGGCUGAAAAUAAGGUAGUUUGUUGUUGUUUUGUUUUGUUUUGGUCUCUUUGUUUAUGGAGAAGCAAAGAGUAGUUGGCAUGAACUAACAUCCCCACACCUCCCCCAAAAAAAAUGAAGAGUGUGAUAACAUUCAUUAACAUAGUGUGUUUCUUAGCUCUGCCCCUGGGGCAUGAGCAUCUCCUGUCACUGAAGAGACAUUUCUGAUUUAGUAUGUUGGAGUUGACAUAUACCAAUCAUUUAUUUGGGAAACUUCAUAACUGCCUGCCUUUUGUCAGCAGUAACUGUGGCACUAGAAAUGUUUCCUUCAUUAGCCAAGGACGUGCACAUCUGGUAUCCCAGCAUCCAAGGGGUUGAGGCAGAGGGUCACAGGUUUGAAGCCAGGUUGGGUUGGUUAUACAGUGAGUCUGAGACCAGCCUGAACUACAGAGUGAGAGCUUGUCUCAGAGUUUGGCUGUCGUCUUAUUCGAGUGUUUGGGUGUACACGGUAUAGUUAGGAGACUCUGGUCAAGGAGAAACAAUUGGAACAUGGGACUUGGUGCCACUGAGUAACAGUUGGUUGCAUUUUUUUGAAGAUGACUUGCUAUGUGGACUUCUUUGAUUGAAAAUCACAAUAUUUACCUCUGUUGAUUUGCUCCUGGUUUCCACAACUCUUCUAGAAUACCUCUUAAUUUCCUCUAUUAGGAAGUAUUUUGUUGUUCUUGUUAAAUAAGGCUCUGGAAGCAUUGAUCACAAGAAAUAGAGAAAAUGUAUUAGGAGCAGCUUUUAUUAGUGUGAUCUAAACAGAAACGGAACAAUUCAUCAUUGAUAUUUUAAUAAAAAUUCCAAAAGUUCUUGUUAAACUCUCUGUUCUUUAGAAGUAGAAAAUAAGAAUACUCUCAAAGGAAGUUGUCAUGUCCUACCUUAUGUUUUUAAGUUGACAGUGUAUUACAAUAAAACAAAUAUUUGAAUGCUGGAAAGUUGGCAUGCUCUAAUUGAUGUUAUGGCCUCUUUAUUUUAUUUGUAUCCAUAAUAACAAAGCUAGAUCCAAAAUUGUGAAAAUUUCUCAUUAGCUUACAGUAAUGGACAAAGGUGUUUUUUUAUUUCCAUGACUAUAAGUAAAGAUGUACUUUGAAAUACCUGAUAUAAACCUUUAAUGUUAUCAUUGAAAUGUAGCUAGAACACUGUUGGGAAGGGACACCCUAUGAACAUGCAGUCACACUUUGUAGACUUCAUUUGUUUCAUAACUUGCCUUUAUUUUUGGGAGCAGUUUUUGAGAUAUAAACACCAUUGGGUUCUGUAGUGAAGUGAUUAAGAAACUAGGCUUUAGGACUGGAUCUCCUAGUCUUAGGCAUCUCUGGCCAUGGAUUUUAUUCUGUGCCUUGCCUUGGUCUUCUGAUACCAGGGCUCUUGUAUUAAGUAAGAAGGUAUGUGUAUAUUCAAAGUCAGAUAUGUGAUGUACAUAAAUGUUGAUAUAUUAAAAACAUUUGUACCCAUUUAUAUGAUUUUUGUUAAUAUGUUUACCAUGAAGUGUGACGAUACCAUCUGAGAUCUUAACUGGUGUAUUGAAAGAAGCCAUGGAAUAAAAGAGCAUCUUGGGUUCUGAUUUCCAUUCUCACCAGGUAGCAAGAGUGCUAUUUGAGCAACUUUUCAUCAAGCAGCUUUUGAUUCCAUGCUGUCUUGGAUCUAGGAACAUAGUAAUGAAAGACAGCUGGCCUCUAGGAGCCUAAUUUACCACUGAUGCUAGAGAGUGAUUGAUAAGCUGUAGCAGACAUGUUACUAUGUAAUAUGACUCAGAGACAUAGACUCAGAAGAGAUGGGAGCAUGAGUAGGUCUUUAAGAAUAGUUCUAGAAAGUGUGAGUAAAGAGAUAUGGACAGUAGACAAUCAGUCAACCUUCACUCUUGUCUAUGGAGGCAAGCUAGCAACAGAUCAUGCAGCGUGUGUAUGACUAACUGUGAUUCGAGGACUUGAAGCAGGAAAAAGACAAUCAUGCUUCCAUUUCAGACUGGGGAUGGUGAAACUGGAGGCAGAAAGGCCUGGUAAGAAAUCUGUAGUAACUCAAGAGAUGCGCGAGAAGUAGAGAAGGUGAGGUCAGGAGGUCCUGGAACCUUAGGAAGGAAGGUUGAUUGGCCUUAGCAGUCAUCUCUGUAGAAAGGGAUAGAGAGCUCCUGGGAUAACUCAUUGUCCUUUCUGUCUAUCUUGAAAGGUUGACUACCUGGGAAAAUCUGAUUAUGUCAGGAAUAUCCUAAAGAACCAGAAAGAAGGACCUUGCAUUUGAAAAUGAAUAGAGGUGGGGGUCGGGAUAGAGGGUUGAGAACCAAGGCAGACAUGAAUACAUUGCAGUUGCUUCUGGGUCACAAUGCCUUAGGGCUGCAAAUAUUGCCAGCACUAACUGCUAGUUAGAGAAUGAGGAACACGGAGUUACUUAACACUCUAGCUUGGCUGAGUUGGACUUCUCUUGAAGCCCCAUUGCCUUAGCCUCUGUUGCUUUGGCUCUUGCUUAGUGGGUGCCAACCUGUAUCCUGGUAAAGGCUUUCUGGGAGGAGCAGCAACCUCAGGGUAGCUGUAUGGGUCAAGGAGGAGGCCUCCUGAUGACCUAGUCUAAUAGCACAUGCCUGGCAACGCCACAACAGAUUGCUCCAGAGUGACCUGUGAAAAUGGUAGAAACUUAACUCUGAAAUCUAUAUCCCACGAUGGCAAAGGCCCCUAAGUUUAUAUAUUUCACAUAAAAUGCUUUUUUAAAAAUAUCUUCAGUACUUAGUAUAGAACUUAAAAUUUUGUCAAAUAGUGCUUUGUUCAUCUAGUAAUAUUUUCUGUGAGCUCUUGAAUUCACUAUUUUAUGGGAUUCAGAUAGAAUAUAACAAAAAAAAAUACCUUCCUGAUAAAAUAAAUUUGAUUUUUUUUGAUAUUUCUAAUUUACUUGGUCCUUUAGGAGCCAAGUGACCAGGAAUGUAAUCAAUUUGAUGAAAAAGUCCCCAACUGAUAGAUAACUAGGUUUUUUGUUUUGUUUUGUUUUGUUUUUUGAUUUUUGGGAUCUAUUUGGAACCAGCCCUUAAGUGAUCAGCAGUUAGGCGACCAGUAGCUGUUGUUCUGGAAGACACAGGUUUGGGCAACUCUAACUUGGCAAUCUUUUCUCUGACUUUUUGUGCCUGGAUAGUUCUGAAGGCUUGUUAAGCCCUGACCUCAUUCGGAGUUGGUUUGGAUGAACAACUGCAUGUGAGCAGCUCUUGCUUGCUCUGUAUUAGGACUAAAUGGGAAUAGUGCCAACUUUUUCAGCCAGAAGAACUGGAAAAACCUUUGCAAAAUUAAGGUCUUUGUGUGCAUUUACAGACAACUCUGGCCAUCAUUGUGGCUGUGACUUUUGGUGAUUAUAUGCAGACUUUGAUUAGCUGGUCUGCACAGGAGAUGAAGGGUUUGUGAGGUCUGAUCAAGCAGAGUUGUUCAUGAACCCCUUUCAGAUGCAUCACCUCUUGAGUUCCACCUGACCAUCUACUUGUUAACUCUCUACCAUGUUCAUGCUUGGUGCUGUUAGGCUUAACCACAAAAUACUCAUUUGCAAAAUAGACUUCACAAUCUCGUGUGGGGAGCAGUCUAGAGGCAGUGGAAGUCUAAAUGUUACUGAGGCCAGUGCCCAGCUUGCUGAGGGUCUUGUGCUCCAGUGUCGUGCUGAGUGGGGUUUGGCAAGUUGAACUGUUCCCUGAGAAAAGGCAUAUUAAACACUGUGCCUCUUGAUUCCUGUGAGUCAGUAAUUUCUCAAAACUUGGCCGAGCAUCAGAUUAACUCAAGAGGGAAUAGGGAAUGCAGGAGCGGCUCUUUAAAUCUGUGGACUCUGGACUAAUCUUUGCAGUAUGGUUCUGUGGGGUAUCCAAGAGACCUCAGACUUGUGAAGUCCAGCUCUUGACAUCUCUUCUACUGCUCUUCCUGUUAGGUUCAACUUCUCUUGUUGAAUGUUGAGAAAACUGUUCUUGGUGAAGUUAUAAAUCCUUCCCCUCUUUGGUUAAGGAAUCAAGACUUGCCAAGGCUCCAACACUGAUUCUGCACAGCCUAGUUUAGUAGGUUCCUCAAAACCUUUUCCCCCUCCAGAGCUUGGCACUCAGACAAAGCAAAAGUCCUUUUGCUUCCAGGCUUUUGUCUUCUUUGCAUUUAAUAAACUCGGCUUUGACUGAGCACUGACAUCUCUCUUCGUCCUGAAGCAAAUAGUGAGUCUGACUUCCCAGAAGCACCCAGAACACAAAAAAUCACAGGAACAAGGACCAUAGUAGCUAAAAAUAGUGUCACCAGCUGGCUUAGUAUCACAUACCUCUAAUCCCAGCACUUAGGAGUGAGGCAGGAGGAUCAGUCGUUUAUGGUCACACCCUUUCUACAUAGCCAGAGACCAGCUUGGGUUACACAAGAUCCUGUACCCUAAAACAUGCUGCAUUCCAGUGAGACAGAAGAGCUGUCCCAGGCUGUUCCACUCAGAUUAACCUUCAGUUCUGAUCUUGCGGAGGAGUGUGUGAAGCUAUGCUGAUAGGGGACAGAUAGGGAGUUGAUGUUUGCUGUUUGUAACAAAAAGAUUGGGAAUCACAUUCAGUAUAACAACCAUAAGAAUAAGUGGCAUGAUAGCACAUGCUUGUAAUUCCAACACUCAAGAAUCCAAGACUGGAGGGUUGCUGUGAAUUUGAGGCUAACCUAAUCUUCAUAAUAAAUGCCAGACCUGACAGUACGCAACUAGACUAUCUCAGCAACAGAUUUCAAACACUUCUUAAGUAGGCAUGUGUCGCCGGGUCUUAGAAGGAGUAAGGGAGGAUUGUUGCACAGGACAGCAGUCUCCCAUUAUACCAAACUGAUGUGCUGCUGAGAACCAGUGUGAGCUCGGCCCUGUUUCCUCAGCAAGGGCAAUGGUGUGUCCUAAUCAAGCUAUUUCUUUUUCAGAGCAGCUCUCCUCUGAGUUAAUAUUUACAUAUAACAGAAACACCGAGGGGAAACAGCGCCUAAGGAAUUGGACAGAAAUGCACCUGCGUGGCUUUUCUCCACACCAAAAUUGGACCGUUUCCAUCAUCCUCAAAGUUACCUCAUGUCCCUUGAGUAGGUUCCUGUCCAUCUACCCUCAGCCCAAGCCACUGCUGUCCGAUUUGUGUUGCUGUGGAUUAGGGGAAAUCAGUAUGGCGUUUAUGUGUGUGUGGUUUCACUCAGCAUGGCUCUGUGAAAAGCACAUGUUAUUUGAGUCAGUUUUCUUCAGAGUAGUAUUCUGUUACAUGAAGAUGCUGUUAUCCUGUUGGUGUGGACCUCAGCUGUUUUUAGUUUGGGUUAUUAUGAAUAAAUGGUUAUGAACAUUUAUAUACAAUGUGUGUGAACAUAUAACUUCAUUUUUCUUCAAUAAAUAUUGGUGGUAAAAUU